AUGGUGGGGAAUUACACUAGUGCCACCAAAUUUUAUCUUGUUGGUUUUCCUGGCUCUGAAAAGCUACACCACAUCCUUUUUGCUACCUUCUGCUUCUUCUACUUAGUGACGUUAGUGGGGAACUCGGUCAUCAUUGUGAUCGUCUGUGUGGAUAAACGUCUGCACUCCCCCAUGUAUUUCUUUCUUGUUCACCUCUCCAUCCUUGAGAUCCUGGUCACAACCGUUAUUGUACCUGUCAUGCUUUGGGGGCUGCUGCUCCCUGGAAUGCAGGCCAUAUCUCUGGCUGGUUGUGCUGCCCAACUCUUUCUGCAACUUGCUCUGGGGACUACAGAGUUUUCGUUGCUUGGAGCAAUGGCGGUGGAUCGUUAUGUGGCUGUCUGCAACCCUUUGAGGUACAGCGUCAUCAUGAGCAGCCGCACUUGCAACUCUGUGGUAAAAAUUGUGUCAUGGAUAUUUGGGUUCCUUUAUCAAAUUUGGCCAGUGUAUGCUACAUUUCACCUUACCUACUGCAAAUCAAAUGUAGUGGACAAUUUCUUUUGUGACCGAGGGCAGUUGCUCAAAUUAGCCUGCAAUAAUACUAUUUUCAUAGAGUUUAUCCUCUUUUUAAUGGCUGUCUUUGUUCUUUUUGGUUCUUUGAUCCCUACAAUUGUCUCCUACACCUAUAUCAUCUCCACCAUCCUCAAGAUCCCCUCAGCCUCUGGCCGGAGGAAAGCCUUCUCCACCUGUGCCUCCCACUUCACUUGUGUUGUCAUUGGCUAUGGCAGCUGCUUGUUCCUCUAUGUGAAACCCAAGCAGACACAGGCAGCCGAUUACAAUAGAGUAGUUUCUUUGAUGAUUUCGAUUGUAACUCCUUUCCUCAACCCUUUCAUCUUCACACUCCGUAAUGACAAAGUCAUAGAAGCCCUUCGGGAUGGCGUCAACCACUGCUACCAGUUAUUCAAGCGUUAG